AUGGGAACCAGAGAAAUUAAGUCACCUGAAGGAGGGCUAGUGACACCAGCUAGUUUAGAUGGAAAUCCUGACUCAAAUCACAGAAAGAAGCUUGGACUUUACUUCAUUGAAUCCGAUGACAGACGGACGGCUUUCGGACGGGGUUAUACUGGAGGAACUACACCAGUUAAUAUCCAUGGCAAACCUAUUGCUGAUCUUUCAAAAACGGGUGGUUGGAUUGCUGCCUUCUUCAUAUUCGGAAAUGAAAUGGCAGAGAGAAUGGCUUAUUUCGGUCUCUCAGUUAACAUGGUGGCCUUCAUGUUCUAUGUUAUGCAUAGGCCCUUCAGCAGUUCAUCAAAUGCGGUUAACAAUUUCCUUGGGAUAUCACAAGCUUCCUCUGUCCUUGGUGGGUUUCUGGCUGAUGCAUAUCUUGGCCGAUAUCGGACAAUAGCAAUCUUCACAACCAUCUACCUUGCGGGCUUGACAGGAAUAACCUUAUGUGCUACAAUGGACAUUUUGGCGCCAAAACAAGACCAUUGUGAUCAGCUGGCCCUCCUUUUGGGCGAGUGUGAGCCUGCAAAACCAUGGCAGAUGAUGUACCUAUACACUGUUCUCUACAUAACUGGAUUUGGAGCUGCUGGUAUAAGGCCAUGCGUUUCUUCAUUUGGGGCAGACCAGUUUGAUGAAAGAAGUAAAGAUUAUAAGUCUCACCUGGAUAGGUUUUUCAACUUCUUUUACCUUUCUGUCACCAUUGGGGCAAUUGUGGCCUUUACUGCGGUAGUCUAUAUCCAAAUCAAACUUGGUUGGGGAUUUGCCUUUGGGUCACUGGCAUUAGCUAUGGGCAUAUCAAACUUGGUAUUCUUUGUUGGUACCCCUCUAUACAGGCAUAGACUUCCAGGAGGCAGCCCUCUAACACGCGUUGCUCAAGUUUUGGUGGCUGCAUACAGGAAGAGGAACGCGCCUUUUUCUAGCAGUGAGUUGAUAGGCUUGUAUGAGGUUCCUGGAAAACAAUCUGCUAUAAAGGGCAGUGGAAAGAUAGCUCACACCAACGAUUUUAGAUGUUUGGACAAAGCAGCUCUGCAGUUGAAGGAGGAUGGUGUAGACCCAAGUCCUUGGAGGCUUUGCACUGUGACUCAAGUAGAGGAAGUGAAGAUCCUUUUGAAACUUAUUCCAAUACCAGCUUGCACAAUAAUGCUGAGUGCAGUCUUGACAGAGUAUCUGACUCUCUCAGUCCAGCAGGCAUACACUUUAAACACCCAUAUGGGUCAACUUAAACUCCCAGUAACAUGCAUGCCAGUGUUUCCUGGCCUCAGCAUAUUUCUUAUACUGUCCCUCUAUUACUCUACAUUUGUCCCGCUGUCUCGGCGCAUCACCGGCCACCCUCAUGGAGCUUCUCAGCUUCAGAGAGUGGGCAUAGGCUUGGCAGUCUCAAUCCUAUCUGUGGCAUGGGCUGCAAUUUUCGAAAGGUACCGAAGAAAUUAUGCAAUAGAGCAUGGAUAUGAGAGUAGUUUCUUAAGUGCAAUGUCAGACCUCAGUGCAUUCUGGUUGUUGAUCCAAUAUUGCCUCAUUGGCAUAGCUGAAGUGUUUUGCAUUGUGGGGUUGCUAGAAUUUCUAUAUGAAGAAGCCCCAGAUGCCAUGAAAAGUAUAGGCUCCGCUUACGCUGCUCUAGCCGGGGGUUUAGGUUGCUUCGCAGCCAGUAUAUUGAACAGCAUCAUCAAAUCUGUCACAGGAAGCUCAGAGAAGCCAUCUUGGCUGUCCCAGAACAUUAAUACUGGCAGAUUUGAUUAUUUUUACUGGCUGCUCACAGUUUUGAGUGUCAUCAAUUUCUGCGUUUUUCUAUAUUGCGCACAUAGGUACAAGUACAGGACAGAGCAGGGGGUUAAGAUGGAGAAGCAGAUUCUAGCCAACAUAAAAGAACAACCGCUCAGUGGAUAG